AUGAGUGCUGGUACGGAGAUUGUAAAUCCUCCUCCAGCUGAGGAAGUUGCGGUGGUUAAUGGUGUCGACAAAUUGGCACCAAAGGCUCUAUUAGCAACGAGUAAUGAGUCGUCUGAGAACAAAGAGGUUGAUGAGAAGGCUACCAGUGCGGAGAUCAGACCUGUUAUGGAUGCGACGUAUGUCGGAUGGAAGCAAAUUGGAGGCUGGGAAGAAAGCGACCGUUUGACAUUGCAGGACCAGAUUAUUGGUGCCAAUGAUGAGACGUUUUUGGACAACGUCAUUCCAGACGUGGCUUACGGUGACUGGUACCAUUCUGUGGGUAUAUUUUUCAUUGGUGGUUUCCUUUCCUUCUUGUUGGGUAAAUUCAAGUUUUCGCUAGGUCCUGUUUUCUUCAUCAUUAUCGUCACUGCUAUCUUCUACAGGACGUCGAUCAAGAAGUACAGAUCGGCUCUUAGAGAACUUGUGCAGAAAGAAUUUACGGUGGACAAGAUUGAAGAUGAUUACGAAUCUAUGGAGUGGUUGAACACUUUCCUCGACAAGUACUGGCCUGUUUUAGAGCCAUCCGUGUCGACUAUGGUUGUUGACCAGGUUAACGUCGAAUUGGCCAAAAAUGAGGCCAUCCCAGGGUUUAUUAAGGCAUUGUGGAUAGACCGCUUUACUCUGGGUGUGAAGCCCCCAAGAGUGGAGUUGGCCAAGACCUUCCAAAAUACGGAUUUGGACGUUGCCGUUAUGGACUUUGCGCUGUCGUUCACUCCUCACGACUUAUCUGAUAUGACUGCAAAACAGUUGCGCAAUUACGUUAAUCAAACUGUUGUGAUCAAAGCUAAGAUGUUCGGUAUUACUGUUCCUGUCGUUGUCUCCGACGUUUCCUUUAGGGCACACGUUAGAAUUCGUACUAAGCUAAUGACAGCUUUCCCUCACAUUGAAAAUGUCAAUAUUCAAUUGCUAGACGUUCCCGAUGUUGAUUUUGUUUGCAAAUUAUUGGGUGGUACUGUUUUCAACUGGGAAAUUAUGAACAUCCCAGGUCUUUAUCCGCUAAUUAGAGAACUUGCAAAGAAAUACAUGGGACCAAUGUUUUUGCCUCCUUUCUCCUUACAAUUGAACAUUGAGCAGCUAAUUUCCGGUGCUGCUAUGUCUAUUGGUGCCUUGGAACUAACUGUGAAAAAUGCAAAGGGUCUACAACGUUCUUCUUCUUUGAACGUUUCUGUCGAUCCUUACCUAGAAUUCUCCAUUAACAACACUGUCCUUGCACAGUCAAGAGUUGUUAAGGAUAGUUUGAACCCUGUUUGGAACGAAUCAUUGUUUUUGUUGGUUGGCUCUUUCACUGACCCUCUAACAAUUACUGUGUAUGAUAAGAGAGAAAAGUUGAAGGAUAAAGUGUUGGGUAGAAUGUACUAUAAUUUGAGCUCCUUGCAUGAUACUCCACUACAAAAGAACUUAUCCUCUUUCUUCCUAAGAAACUCCAAGCCAGUGGGUGAAUUGUUCUUUGAAAUGAAAUUCCAUCGUACUCUAGAGCCAAAGAAACUACCAGACGGUAGUGUCGAAGAAGCUCCUGAUCUCAACACUGGUAUUACUAAGAUUACAAUCUUAGAAGGUAAGGAUUUCAGUGAAACUACCACACCUGUUAACUGUUAUGUUGAACUAUAUGUUAACUCUAAGUUGGUUUUGACAACUUCCACCGUGAAGGGUAAAGAAAUUCCUGCCUGGGGAACUCCUUAUGAAGCAGUUGUUACCAACCGUAGAAAAACUAGAGUUAAAUUGGUUGUCAAGAACAGUAAGGGCGAAAUUAUAACGAAUACUGUUCAAACUUUGAAUGAUUUAAUAGAUAGAUCUUUGGUCGAGAAAGAGUGGAUCCCAUUGAAGAAUGGUCGUAGUUCUUUGAAAAUCAACACCGUAUUCAAGCCAGUCUCUUUGGAUAUUGGUUCAAAUUCAGUAUCAUAUACCCCACCAGCUGGUGUCAUUCGUGUGUUGAUAAACAAAGCACAUGGUUUGAAAAAUUUGGAAAGAUUUGGUACUAUUGAUCCAUAUGCUAGAGUCCUUGUUAAUGGACAAGCUAGGGGUAGAACUACUGAUAAGGAGUCAACCACAAAUCCAGUAUGGAACGAAUCUAUCUAUGUUUCUGUGACAUCUCCAAACCAAAAAAUUACUAUUGAAUGUCUUGACGUGGAAACCGCCGGAGAAGAUCGUACUUUGGGUAAAUUCGAUAUUGCCACUGCUGAUAUGUUCCAAAAAGGUCCCGAUGACAAAUAUAUUGCACAUAUUGAUGAAGAACCUAAGACUGGUAAAUUAAUCAGUAAAAAGGGUGGUUCAAAGGGUGAAGUUACUUAUUAUGUGUCAUUUUAUCCUGCGGUUCCUGUUCUAUCAUUAGAAGAGAUCCAAGAAGUCGACGAAAUCGCUGAAAGAAAGGCUAAGCUCGAAAAGGAAAAGAAGGAAAUGGAAGAAUCGGAAGAGCUUAAGAACAACUCUGUACUCAAGAAGAAACUUGAAUCGGAGGCUGAUGAGUUAAAGGAACUUGAUGAUAUGUAUAGCGCUAAGCUGAAACUUGAUUUGGAUGAAUUGGUACAGUACAACAGCGGUGUCCUUUCUGUUUACAUUUUAAGUGCAGAACUUCCUCAACAAGGUUGUUACAUACAGGCAUUCUUCGAUUCUAAUGGAUAUCCACGUUUCCACACGCCAAGAAGUCCUACGAGAUCAUUCAGAGAAGGUAUGGUGGGAGAUGUCAUGAUUAAGGAAUUGGAAUGGUCCAUCACAACACUCAGAGUGACUAAAAAUAAAGACCAAAAUAAGGCAGAAGACUGCAUCUGUGAGGUUACUAUUCCAACUAUUGAGUUGGUAAGAAACUGCUACUACAAGCCAUCUAUUGUGAACCUAAAGGGUAAUGCUGACGCCAAGGUAAUGCUGCAGGUUUCUUGGUUCCCAAUCAACACCACCAAAUUACCUUCAUCAGACUUGAUCACCAACAACGGUGAUUUAACCGUCAACAUCAAGGGUGCCAGUAACUUACUUGCAGCAGAUAGAAAUGGUAAAUCUGAUCCAUACGUUAAGUUGUAUCUCAACGAUAAUGAUACGCCAUUCUACAAGACUAAAACUCUAAAGAAAACUUUAUCUCCUACGUGGAACGAAUCAUGUACUGUGCAAGUCGUCAAUCGUGUUAAUAAUUAUUUGAAGAUAAAGGUCAUGGAUUGGGAUGCUGGUAACGCAGAUGAUGCUAUUGGAGAAGCUGUUGUUCCAUUGUCCAAGAUUGACCCAGAAAGUCCAACUGAUCUUGAUAUUCCACUAAUCUUACCUCCUGAGAAAAAGGACGCCGGUGUAAUUCAUUUGUCGUUUAACUUCGAACCAAGAUACGUUUUAGCAGUGACUAGAAAAGAAACCAAGAUUGGUGAUUUAGCCGGUAAGGGUUUAUCUGCCGGUAUCCAAGCGGGUACUACAGUCAUUGGAACUGGUCUUGGAGCUGUAGGAAAACUAAAGAAAGGUAUCUUCGGCAGUUCAAAGAAAAGAGACGAACAAAUCGAGGAAGUUUGA